AUGGGCUCGCCGUUCCGCUUGGAGUUCAGCCCCGAGUCGGUCUCGGGAUUCCAGCAUCCUGUCCCGGUCAGUCCGAAGCUCGUUCAACUGUCGCUCGGUGCCGAUAAUGAGGGUUUCCGCAAGAUCUACCCGAUCGGAAAGAUAGUUAUUUUCGGUGGUCAAGACCUCGCUCCGCUGCCGCAUCUGCUGCAGCGAGGCAUCGCGGACGGCUACCUGUUGUCGUAA